AUGGCGCUUCGACUAGGAACAGCAUCGACAUCGACAUCGACAUCGACAUCAACAUCAUCCUCCACCUCCUCCUCCACUCCGUCCACCUUUCGACCAUUCUUUGACCGAUUGGUGGAAGAUGGACGGAUUACCAUGGGCCAAAAGACGGAUGCCGUCAAAACGUUGAGUCUUGUAUUGAAGAAUGCCGUGAUCGACCCUUUGAAAUCCAAAGACCCCAAAUAUCGUCAAUUGAAAUUGCAUAAUGUCAAAUUGCAACAACGGCUCUUUUCGAUUCCAGUCGUGAUGGACAUUUUGACUACGGUGGGCUUUCAACAGCAAACGGUGGAUGGUGAAGCAUGUUUGGUGCUGCCUUUGGAGAAAGACGCUAGUACUCUCGGACAGGAAUGCGUGGCGGAACUUGCCAUGACGCAACAACGACUUGCGUUCAUUGCGGGCGACACGAGCAAUGCCAAGCCGGUCGUUCCCGAAAAAUUGUCGGAAAAACAAAAGGCCCGCAAGCUCCUAGAAGAAAAGGAAAAGUUGGAGAAAACAAAGGCCAAGGAAAACCGCAAACGAAACUUGGCUCUGUUGAAAGCAGACAAGCACACACGCGAAAAUGAUCCCAAUUGGAAGCCAGGGGUCAGUGCAGCCUGUGCCAAAUCGGGGACUGGAAUUUCUACCUUUCGGGAUAAAUAUGGUGAAGGUGAAUAA